AAUUGAUCGUGUGUGAGAAGCCUCGAACCUGGCUCCGAAGACCUUCAAAUAACAACCGCAAAUAUGAAGUUGGACACGAAAUAUAUGCGCUAUAUCACCCAGGAGGACUGGAAAGUCCUCACUGCCGUGGAAAUGCUCUCAAAAAAUCACGAAGUCGUUCCCACGAAAUUAAUUGGGCAACAAUCUCACCUCGGCGGUAGCACCGCGCGCUCCAUCUCCGCCCUAGCAAAAAUCGGCUUGAUCGCCCGCCUGCGCAACGCAAAAUACGACGGCUACCGCCUCACCUACGGCGGUCUCGACUACCUCGCACUCCACACGCACAACAACAAGAGCGCCGUCUACAGCGUCGGCAACCAAAUCGGCGUAGGCAAAGAAUCCGACAUCUUCGUCGUCGCCUCGCCGACCGGCCGUCAACUAGUCCUCAAGAUCCACCGUCUCGGCCGUAUCUCCUUCCGCACAGUCAAGGCAAACCGCGACUACCUGCGCAACAAGCAAGGCGGGUCGUGGAUGUACAUGUCCCGCCUCGCCGCGUUGAAAGAAUACGCCUUCCUCGUCGCCCUCCGCGAGCACAACUUCCCCGUCCCCGAGCCCAUCGCACAGUCCCGCCACACCCUCGUCAUGUCCCUCAUCGACGCCUUCCCCAUGCGCCAAAUCGCAUCAGUCCCCGACCCAGCAUCCCUAUACGCCGAGCUAAUCGCCAUGAUCCUGCGUCUGGCGCAGUACGGGCUCAUCCACGGUGAUUUCAACGAGUUCAACAUCCUCGUCGAGGAGAAGCCCGACCCAGCUGCCAAGGGCGGCGUCGCGCUCACUCCUAUCCUUAUCGAUUUCCCGCAGAUGGUGUCGGUGGAUCACGCGAAUGCGGAGUACUACUUUGACCGCGACGUGAACUGCAUCAAGCGCUUCUUCAAGAGGAGGUUUCAGUUUACGCCUACGGAGGCUGGGCCGCACUUUGCGGAUGCGAGGAAGCUGAUUGGGAAGGAUGGCGCGGUGAGGUUGGAUGUGAAUGUCGAAGCGAGUGGGUUCUCGAGGAAGCAGGCGAAGGAGUUGGAGGCAUAUAUGAAGUCGGUGGGUGUAGAUGGGGAUGGGGAUCCAAACGCUACUAGGGCCGAUCUUGAGGAGGACGCUAAUGGCGAUGGCGAUGAUGACGAGGAGGAGUCUGAUUUUGUUGAGGAGGAGGAACCGGAAGCUAAGCCUGUGGCUAAAAAGGUAUGGGCAGACGAUGUCGAGUUUACGACAGACCGUCUGGGAAAUACGGUGGAAGUUGUGAAAGAACCAGAAGCCGUGCCCGCGGAGAAAAAAGAAUUGACAGACGAUGUCGAGCAUACGACAGACCCCUUGGGAAAUACGGUGGAGGUUUUGAAGACUCUGAGCGUCGAUGAUAAAACAUGAGGAGUUUACUAUUAUCAUGGUUGGAAUACUUUUUAAAGGGCCGCGAGCACUUCACAUGGUUCAUCCACAUUCAGGAUCCAGGACGCUAUCACGCACAGCUCUCCGUGUCAAGAAGGGUUGUAAGUAACUUGGUCACAAUUGCGAGUCAAAAGGCAGCAAAUGCAAGAUUGAUAAGCAAGUUUUUAUAGCUAAUUAGCUAGAGGAUCAGCGAGUACAUCAUCGUGGGUGGGAAGACCACAACCACGGGAAAAAAUAAAGCGCCGAAGGAAACUACAAGCAAGGAUGCACCUUUGAUACUUCGUGACCACCUGCAAUCGCCUGUUCGAUCCUUCUACUAAUGAAUGAUUGCGUGCAAAUCGCUUUUGAUGAAAUGCCA